CAUUCAUUCAUUCAUUUGCGCGUGGGAUAAGCGGUGUUUUGAAAAUAUAGUAAAUUGAGUUUUAAUACAAAAAAUGCCGACAUGGAAUCAAAUUCAAUCUCAAUUGAGACAUCCAAACAACCCUGUAGUAUUUUUUGAUAUAACAGUUGGCACUACGGAAAUAGGACGAAUGAUAUUUGAACUAUUUGCGGACAUCGUACCUAAAACUAGCGAAAAUUUUAGAGAGUUCUGCACUGGAGAAUAUAGACGAGAUGGUGUGCCUCUUGGCUACAAAGGAGCCACAUUUCACAGAGUCAUCAAAGACUUUAUGAUACAAGGGGGAGAUUUCGUUAACGGUGAUGGUACAGGAGUAAUGAGUAUUUAUGGUGGCAGCACAUUUGCAGAUGAAAAUUUUGCCCUGAAACAUGAUUCUCCAGGUUUACUCUCCAUGGCAAAUAGUGGCAAAGACACAAAUGGUUGCCAGUUCUUUAUUACUUGCGCUAAAUGUAACUUCUUAGACAAUAAGCAUGUGGUAUUUGGUAGAGUUAUAGAUGGUCUAUUAGUAAUGAGAAAAAUAGAAAAUGUCCCCACUGGACCCAACAAUAAACCAAAAAUACCAGUAACAAUAUCACAGUGUGGUCAAAUGUAAAUUAAAAAGACAUCAGAAUGCUUGGUAAUUUAUAUAGAAUUAAAACAGAAGCUUUGCUUCAAAGCAA